CUGUAACGUCACAAACUGUAACUACUUCUAUUGCUUCUAAUGGAAUCCCCUUGCUCUCUCCCAGACUACAGGACAGGCCCGUGCUUCACCAAGGUCAGUAACCAGAUGUGCCAGGGCCAGGUGAGUGGCAUCGUGUGCACCAAGACCCUGUGCUGUGCCACGGUGGGGCGUGCCUGGGGACACCCCUGCGAGAUGUGUCCGGCCCAGCCCCAGCCAUGCCGUCGAGGCUUCAUCCCCAACAUACGCACCGGAGCCUGCCAGGAUGUUGACGAGUGCCAGGCCAUCCCGGGACUCUGCCAGGGAGGAAAUUGCAUCAACACCGUGGGUUCGUACGAGUGCAAGUGUCCAGCUGGCCACAGGCAGAAAGAGGGCUCCCAGAAGUGCGAGGAUGUGGAUGAGUGUGUCACCAUUUCCCGCAUUUGUGACGGAGGACAGUGUUUCAACUCGGUGGGAAGUUACUCUUGUGUUUGUCCCUCUGGCUACAUCCCAUCUCCUGACAAAACUCGCUGCAUUGACCAGCAGGCAGGCUCGUGUUUCGGGGGUCUGCUGAACGGCCGCUGUGCCCAGGAGCUGCCCGGCCUCUUCAGUAAGGCCACAUGCUGCUGUGACAGUGGACGCUGCUGGGCACGAGGGACCCUGCCUGAAAUAUGCCCCGCCCGACGAUCAGGUGCGCUCGCAACGCUGGACAAAAGCCUGAGCGGAGGGGGCCGCAGGACUCGGCGUGAGCUGAGAUGA